ACUUAUUUUAAUUAGAUUUUUAUUAUUAGGCCACUCCCCCUAUCAAACUUUCCACCAUUCUUCUUCGAUCAAUUCAAGCUCCAUCCAUGGCGGCGACGAAACCCCUCCACGUAGCUAUGUUCCCAUGGCUCGCCUUCGGACACAUCAUGCCUUACCUCGACCUCGCCAAACUCAUCGCCGGAAAAGGACACACCAUCUCCUUCCUCACCACUCCCCGCAACAUCCAACGCCUCCCCAAACUCCCGCCGGAAUAUUCCUCCUCCAUCUCCUUCGUCGCAAUCUCUCCCCCAUCCGUCUCCGGCCUCCCCGCCGGCGCCGAAGCCACCAUGGACAUCCAGGGCGCCACUCAGAUGGGCCUCCUCAAGAAAGCCUUCGACGGCCUCGAACCCGCCGUCGUCGGCUUCCUCGAGGCCGCCGUCCCCGACUGGAUCAUCACCGACUUCGCGCCGCACUGGCUGCCGCCGGCGACCGGCCGGCUGGGAAUUUCCAGCGCGUUUUUCUUCAUCAUGAACGCCUGGUUCCUGUCCUUCUUCGGGGCCGCCGAGGAUCUGGUUAGCGGGUCGGAUUACAGGACCCGACCCGAGGAGUUCAUGGUCCCUCCGAGAUGGAUCAAAUUUGACACUCCGCUGGCCUACCGCCGGUUUGAAGCUAAUUGGGUCGUUGGGACGGGUCAGAACGACGAAUCCGGGUUUUCCGAUCAUUACCGGCUCGGCAAGAUCAUACUAGGCGCCGACGCUAUCCUUAUCCGGCAUUGCCGUGAAUUCGAACCCGAUUGGCUGCCGUUGCUGGAGAAGCUCCACCACCGGAAAGUCGUGCCAAUAGGCCUAAUGCCACCGGACAACACCGUCAGCGGCGGCGACGAGGCAUGGAUUCCGAUCAAAAGUUGGUUGGAUCGGAAAGAAAAAAGAUCGGUAGUGUAUGUGGCAUUCGGGAGUGAAGUGACUCCGAGUGAGGAUCAAAUCGCUGAGUUGGCUCACGGCCUCGAGUUGUCGAAUGUUCCAUUCUUUUGGGUUCUAAGAAGGAUUACUGACUCGGAAGCGCUUCCGAACGGGUUUGAGGAGAGAGUGAUGGGCCGGGGAAUUGUGUGGAAGAGUUGGGCCCCACAAUUGAAGAUAUUGGGCCACGACUCGGUGGGUGGGUUCUUGACGCACUGUGGAUGGAGUUCGAUCGUGGAAGGCCUAAUGUGCGGGCAUCCCUUGAUUACAUUGCCAUUUCUAGUGGAUCAAGGGUUGAAUUCGAGGAUCAUUGUGGAUAAUGGAUUAGGGUUUGAAGUGGCGAGGAAUGAGGAAGACGGUGAGUAUACAAGGGAAUCGGUGGCGGAGUCGGUGAAGGUUGCGAUGAGAGACGAGAAUAAAGGAAGAAAGUUAAGGGAAAGAGCUAAAGAGGUGAGUAAAGUGUUUGGGGAUAGGGAAUUGCAUAGCAAAUAUGUAGACAAGUUUGUUGAGUAUUUACAAGAAGAAAACUUAAGGAAGAAUAUAAUGAUAUUAGGAGAUGUGUGUGAAGCCAAAUGAAAUGAUUGUGAUGAAUUUGGGACGUGGUAUUAGUAGGGGUCCAAUGAAUAAUGUUUGUUGCAUGAUGAUUGAAAUUACUCUUCAAAUCCAAGAAAACAUACUAGACAUAUGUGGCAAAUAAGGCUCCAAGAUAUUGGAGGUUUAAACUGAUUGGUAUUGUAUUACGUUAGGUUGAAAGA